GUGAGCUUAUUUGCUUACGCACACUCCAUGUUGGACUGCACCUACCUCUGAUUAGGUGAGUCAUCACUCCGAUUCUCUUCACACCUAAGAUCCAUUCUUUCUUAAUUCUCACCUCCCUCACUCGUUCAUUCGAACAAAACCCUUUUUAGUUUUUUUCCUCCUCUGUUUCUCUCUCUGCUCUGCAUUUUGGUGGCAUCAUCAGAGAUAGAGACUUGAGUGUGAGAGCCACAACUUCUCCAAUUCUUCAAAAGGGUGAAACUUUGAAGGAAAAGAAAUGGUUGGUGCUAUAAAAGCAGCGAUUGGAGACGCGGUGUUGACUUUCAUGUGGGUGUUCUGUUCCUCUGUGUUGGGAAUUGCUUCAGGGUACAUAACCAAUGCACUUAACCUUCAACACAUAACCUACAACGGGUUCCCUUACCCUUCUUUUCUUGUCACCACCACCCUCGUUUUUGUUCUCGUUUUUCUUUUCACCAUCAUUGGCAAUGUUCUUGGUGGGGCCAGCUUCAACCCCACCGGCACCGCUUCCUUCUAUGCCGUUGGUCUUGGUUCGGAUACUCUCUUCUCAAUGGCGCUUCGUUUCCCUGCGCAGGCAGCUGGUGCUGCGGGCGGUGCACUGGCAAUUAUGGAAGUGAUUCCUGCAAAGUACAGGCACAUGAUUGGGGGGCCUUCUUUGAAAGUGGAUUUGCACACUGGGGCUGUCGCUGAAGGGGUGUUGACUUUUGUGAUUACCUUUGUCGUUCUCCUCAUCUUCCUCAAGGGCCCUCGUAGUGACUUGUUGAAGACUUGGUUGCUGGCCACGGCAACUGUAGUUUUGGUCAUGGUUGGAUCUGCCUACACUGGGCCAGCCAUGAAUCCUGCCAACGCUUUUGGCUGGGCAUACAUAAACAACUGGCACAACACAUGGGACCAAUUCUAUGUAUACUGGAUUUGCCCCUUCGCCGGAGCAAUAUUGGCUGCUUGGCUGUUCCGCGCUGUCUUUCCACCACCAUCACCACCAGAAGUUAAACAGAAGAAAGCAUGAAGAGGGAUAGUAGAUUUGGUUCUUCUGGUCAAUUGUUAAACGCCAUGCUACUGCAUUAAGAACCUUUUUUUUUUCUUACUUUAUAUACUUUCUUCUUCAUUCUCUCUUCUGUUUCUGAACUCAACCUUUCAACUUAUAAUUAAACAUGUUCCGUGCAAAAUCAGAUGUGAAAAUGUUGGUUUUAAAUUAAUGGGUUAUGUUUGGCCCAUAAAUUGGUAUCCGCUUAGAAAAAAGAAUGUAGAAUUCUAGUA